CGAAAAUUGAAUGACUGUGCGUCCUCUUUGCCUUUUGGUCGUCCCCAUGCAUUGCUGCGAUGUCUCUGGAAAACACCGACAUCACACACACACGCAGCGACACGCAGCCCAGAGCCUCAUUCAUGAUGUGUCGGCAGAAGGUCUCCUUGUUCGCCGCCCAUUGGCGUAGGCGGGUCCACGAGCUCGUGCAGCUCCUUGACCAUGUGGGAGCCGAAUCGGUGGCGGGGCUGGGGCUUCCACUCGAGGUAGAACGGCGAGUACAUGUUUUGCUUGACCGUGUCCAUGAUGUCAGCCUGCGGUUUGAUCCGCGCCAGCCCCUCUUCGAUCGCCGUCUCAAUGACCCUCGUGGCCACCUUGGCCGACGUCUCACGGAUGUUGCUCAGAGUCGGGAACAGCUGACCCUUCGCCAGAUCCUCCUGCACACCGAUAUAUAAUGCCCUCCAUUCACACAAGCCUUGUGUGGUGUCAUGUAAUAUGGAGUGGUGUGUGAGGGUCACCUCAGUGACCAGGUCAGCGAGUGCGGAAGCGGCGUUGGAUAUCAUGAGGUCCGACACUUCCUUUGCGCGACACAACCACGCACCAUAACCAAGACCUUCGAGAAAUCACACACAGCGACACACAACGAGGGGAUCGAUGAGAAGCAUCCUUGUGCCUCAUUUCUCUCUGUGUCUCUCCCAAAGCACACCGGGAAACAGAUACAUGUUGUUCCUGAGACAGACAGACAGACAGACCAAGGGUGAAGGCUUGUUUGCCUCUUCAUUCGUGUCAAUGCCGCACGGACGUACCCUUGGCUGGGCUGAUAGACUUUGUCUCCGACAGUGACGGGGGGAAAUGGAGACCCUGAGGCGAAUAUGCACCUGCCGUCGGUGAUGCUGAAGGCCUGCUCAGCGGUGCAUUCGCUGUUCUUGGUCGGGUUGCUCAGCGGAAAGAUGAUCGGCCGCUCCGUGUGCUGAUGACAAACACAUACACACAAACACACACAAAUGGGGGGGUCAUGUGACGGCUUGGCUGACCUCCUGCAUCUUUUCGAUGACGUCGUCAGUGAAUGCGCCCCCCUGGCCCGACAGGCCGAUCAGCGCCGUCGGCAGCACCAUCUUGACCGCCUCAAGCAGGUCCUUCACCGGCUGACAGACACGCAGACAGACAGACGAUGAAUGCCACACACGCACACAUCAUCCAUCCAUCCGUCCAUCCAUCUAUGUCGGCUGAUCAGCCGACCUCUUUGAUGUCGUGGCGAGCAAAUGGCUUCUGGAAUUCCAAUAAGUCGUCGCCUUCAUCAAAAGAAGAUAUGCCAAAAACAGCACGCUCAGUGUAGAGGUCAGCCGACAU